AUACUUUUGGUUACAUGAUAAGACUUGUAAGUUAGAUUCUUCAAUUCUGUUAAUUUUGCUUGCCUCUAGAGCAAUGUACGAAUUUCCUUUGUUAAUCAUUUGCUUGUUGAUCUUAAUAGUAUUUAUCUGGUGGAUGCCCAAAGAGAAGUAUUUCUAUCAUUACACUGAUGAGAGGGGUGCAUAUGGGAUAUUAAGCAGUGGCAUAAUCAAGGAAUCAACAGAUACUCAAAGAGACGCAAUUCUUGGAAAAGGUGUCUAUGUCACCGAUCUGCCACCAAGGACACUCGACAACCAACUUCUGGUCAACAACUACGACGGCGCUACGAAAGCAGGGGAUACAAAUAAUGUAUCAUACUGUGUACAACUGGUGGCUCGUGGGUUGCAGAUAAACAGAUUUAUGAAAGACCUAUUGACGGGACGUCAAGUGUACAAGCAUGAGGGCGACAUUAUGCUGAGUGAAUACAAUGUACAAAUUUUUCGAAGAGCAUGAAACUGGAACACUUGAAAGAUAUUGCUGAUAUUAUAACUUUUUAGUAUUAUAGUGAAAGAAACUGAAUGACUGUAAUGGCAGUGAUUUUUGUGUUAUUAUUUUAACCUCCGAAACUUAUCCGACUAAAUCCGGCUCGGUGCGGGAGACUGAGUGCAACGAUACUACGUCACUAUAUAAGCAACCGCAUGCAGAGUUGAUCAAAUUACAAAGAUGAGCACAUUAUUUAUAGGCACUUUUAACACUUUUUAUUGAUUUCCACGAAAGAAUGACCAUCGUGAUUCAUUUUAGGAACAAAAAAAUCACUAGUAACUCGCAAAUGAUCCAUAAAUCUCCUAAUUUCUUGGAAGUUCAAAAUCCCAUGGCCAUAUCCCUACUUGUUGUCAGUAUCACGAAUCCCUACAUAUCUAACAGGGCUUCCAAACAUUCUUCGGCCAAAGGCAAGCAAGCAAGCAAACAAACAAAUUAAAUUGAAUACGAGCUUGAAAACUGUAAAUCUUAUGUAAUGUCUAUUUGAAAAUAUGAACACAACAAUACAUAGCUGAGAUAA